UUAUGAAUUAUUUAGAAUUCUAACUUUUACCAAUGAGGAUAAAGCUAAUAUGAAUAGGAAUAAAAGGAAGAAUAUACCUUUGAAGAGGAAAUUGCUAACAUCAAAUGAAGAAAAGUUAGCAAACCUUCGGCCACAGUUUUGUGAAUAUCUACAGAAUGCUCCACAUUUAAUUGUUUGUGAUGAAGGCCAUAAACUCAAAUCACCUUCAACAGGGCUUUUCCAUACAAUUAAUAGAAUAAAAACGAAGAGAAGAAUUUGUAUGACUGGAACACCCUUACAGAAUAAUUUAGAAGAGUAUUAUUGGUUUGUUUAA